AUGCUAUUCAGGCGGAUAUACACACACAUAGACAUAACACCAGCAGCAGCAGCAGCAGCAGCAGCAACAACAGCAACAGCAGCAGCAGCAGCAGCAUCAGUGGCAGCAGCAAUAACAACAAUCAUCAUCAUCAUCAUCAUAAUCAACAUACACAUACAGCAGGAGCACCUGUACCAGCAGCAGCAACAGCGGCAGCAGCAGCAACUGCUGCAGGAGCAGCAGCAACAGCUGCAGCAGCAGCAGCUGCUGCUUCAGGAGCAGCACCAACAGCUGCAGCAGCAACGGCAGCAGCAGCUGCAACAGCAGCUGCAACAGCAGCAGCAACAGCAGCAAAAACUGCAGCAGCAGCUGCAACAGCAGCAACUGCUGCAGCAGCAGCAACAGCCGCAGCAGGAGCAGGAGCGAAAACUGCAGCAGCGGCAGCAGCAACAACUGGAGCAGCAGCAGCAGCAGCAGCAGCAGCAGCAGCAAGAAGGGAGAGUGGUAGUUUAUGGUUUUGUCUUUUUCAGGUUUAUUAAGCAGCAGCAGUUUCUCUACAUGGAGGCCCCAUAG